AUGGGGAAAAAGAGGAAGAGGCCCGUGAAGGGCAAGCGUGCGCAAGCCCAUUCGUCGCAGACACGCAUCACUGCAGCCUCCACUGAUUUUAGGGAUCAGAGUGGCUUCGCCUCUGACCGUGCGACCGAAAUCACCCACCCGGUUAUAUCGCUCUACUAUAAUGAAGUGGUAACUUUGAGGCAGUUCCUCUUACGCCAGAUACCAGCAGCCUCACGUUCUCGCCGCCGAAGGAUCGCAUCGAUCAGAGCCGACCUUUCAGAAGGCGCGGAUAAAUUGUCAUUAAGCUCACAGUGUGGUUUAGCCACUCUGCUCGAUUCCACACUGGUGGGCAUCCCACAAGAUUCAGCUAUUGCAUGUGAUCAGGAACGAGGUCAAGAGCUGGCUGCGUUGCGCAAAUCGCAACCCCACUCUCAACUGGACAGCACAGACACUGGUCCGCCAUGUGCACAAGCAGAGCUCGUAGAUCGUGCCAUACAGUUGAUCUGGAAGCCAUUUCUCUCGGAAACCAAGAAAAGGCCACAUCAUCUCCUGACUCGGGGAUUCCGAAAUCCCUUCGAGACGUUCUUCCCAAACGAAAAUGUUCAGAAGCUAAAGAGUUCUCCUUGGACGGAGGUCUUGGGGUUGGUGGGCAGCAAUGGUGAAAUUAUUAUGCUGCGUCUCUUAUGUGAUUGUGGGAUUUUCGUAGCCUUAGACUCACGUAAAGGCAUCUAUCAUCAAAUCUGCGGACAAUCCUUGGAGAAGCUUGAACCCAUAUUCAAUAAGCCACAACAUCUAUCCUUGAAGCCAACCCGCACCCGCUCUGAGGGGAAAUCCUCAGUAAUUGCGGAUGGCCAGCAAGAAAAAAAGGUAGGCAGCCAUUCCGACCAACAACCACAACGUCGAACGCCGAAUUCGAUUUUCUUUAAUCGGUACCGCAUGCUUUACGCUUUCCCCAAAAAAGCCAAUAACUGGAAGUCACAACCGGGGUUAGGAAGCCAUGUUCUUAAUCGAUGUCCCUAUCCUAAAUCGCAGUGGAGAGCCAUACAUGUUAUGCAACACAUCUUCCCUUCACAAUUCGGACUGACAAACGUGUUCAAUCCUGACCCCGAGAAUGACUCGAAAUACCUUUCGCGCGAAGAUGAAAUUGCAGCCAGAUCGCGAAAGCGAAGAUGGAUUGCCUCAAAUUGUGUGCAUCAGGAUACAAAUGAUGAAGUUCCGCUGGCAGAUAUCCCAAAACGUCUUCGAGGACAGGCUUUAGACCUGGUUCAACAGAUACUUCAUCGUCAUAAACGUUGCCAGUACAGAUACUUGUUGGACUAUUAUUGUUCUCCAGCGAACGUUGGCCCCUGGAAAUUCGGCGCCUACGACUCCCAGUCGAGUUUUCAAUCGAAUCCAGUUGGGUCCGCAAAGUUGAUAACUCAGCUUGAAGGGCCGGGAAAACAAGCUCUACAUGCGGAUGCUGCUGUCUCAGAAGCCCAGAAGACAUCAUGUUCUAUCCCACGACCCACAGUUGAUACAGUGAAUCUGGUGAGCGAGCCGGCUGUGGUAUCAAAGCCCAGUUUGACGUACUACGCGACCCCUGCCUCUUCUGUUUCGGCCUAUUGCCAAGCUGUGAUCCGAAAGUUGAUUCCACCACAAUUCUAUGGGACUGGGCAGAACGGAAUCAACAAUCAAAGUGUGAUUCUGAAGAAUGUCGACGAAUUUAUUCGUAUGCGACGGUUCGAAAACCUGAGUCUCCAGGAAGUGUGUAAGGGGGUUAAGGUUCGUUUGCGCAAACUCAAAUCCAACUCGUGUCAUGCAUACUGA